UGGAAAAAGAAUGCGGGUUUGAAUUGGUGUGCAAUGCCACUGCAGGCCGAUCCGGUUGCUGUGCCACCCAAGAAAUCCACAAAGCGGCGGCCCGAAGCCAAACCAUCGACACCUGCAAGUUUGCAAUCGUACAUUCUACUGGCGCAGCCUCACCAUGUGUGUAGGUCCAUUGUACCAGUUCAAGUUCUUUAGAUAACAGUGAUCGCGCAAGGCUUUUGCUCGAGAGGAGCGACCUGCAACGAGCUUCGAGUCAGUGUACACACACAUCCAUUAUUGUCGUCAUCCCGCCGGUUCAUGCGGCCCCGGUGAACGGACGCCCUCCCGCCCCGUGCGAAUAUUGGACAUCGUCACGCAUCUCUUUCUCUUUGGCGAUGCGCUUCACUGCGCUCCCCUUCCUGCUCGGCCUCCCUCAUAUAGUGCGGGCACGCUCGAACGACUGUUCCCCUUACUACGAUCCUCUCUUCGCCGUCUCCGAUAAUGCGCUUCUCGUCAAGCGCCAGAGCUGCAGCUCGGGGCUGAGCUCCUGCUCAAAUCUCGGUGUCGAUUCGGUCUGCUGUCCGUCAGGAACAAAUUGCGCCCUGGAUGAGGCUGGGCAUGUCGCAUGCUGUCCGUCCAAUGCAGUGUGCACCGGAACAAUAGCUGGGACGAUCACAGGCUCGGCGACAGGCUCAUCAUCCGCAGCAGCGACAGGAACGUCGACUAGCAAUGGAGGGAUUGUGCUUGGAGGAACAACAAGCUCGAGUACCGCCAGCUCUGCAGGCAUCACUUCAAUGACGACUGGAGCGUCUGGUGGUGGCUCCACGGUUCCAAACAACUUCUAUCCGUUCAUCUAUAUCCCGACAUCCUACGCCAAUGCAGAUCUUUGUACCAGCGCCUACUCGAGUUGCCAGUCUGCAUCGACGUCUUGCUUCGUCUCUCUCGCCGGAGUAAAUGGGGUCACCGUUUCCGGAAUAGGAGGAGGAGGGAUCACGGUGCAAGGCGCAACAGGCACGGUCAUGAGCUCCGCCAGCAGCAUAUGCAACUCUCUGAGUUCUGUGGGAUGCUACAAUCUACAACAAAGCCAGUGCAGUGUUUUUGGGAGCGGCUCUGGAGGCACCGCAACCUCCGCCGCCACUGCGACGACAGGAUUUGUCCAGGUUGGGAAUGAAGGGCCACGACACACCGCAUGUCCUGGAAUGCUUUACGCGGCCGGUGCCGGAGCCAUGUUUGGCGUUAUGUACAGGAUGAUGUGAUCGUAUCUGGACAGCCACCGCGUUGCUGAGCGUUACCUGUAUAGCGUAAUGGAUGUCAUUUCCGGAUAUUCUAGUGGACAUAUGACGAUAGUACCAUGUACAGCCUUGUUUGUUGCGCAUUUUAAACGCUCAAUGAUAUACUGUGUAGACGGA